GGCGGAGCUGACGGGUUAUCCCAGAUCAGAAAGCUGUGCGGCGAGAGCAGAGAAGCAAUGCACUGCGCUGGCAGGAUGCGGGAGUGCUCUUUUGUUGGGAACCUUCCUGCAGCAGGAGAAGUCUAUACCGGGACAACAAUAAUGGCAGUAGAGUUUGAUGGUGGUGUCGUGGUGGGUUCAGAUUCUCGAGUUUCUGCAGGAACCGCUGUAGUGAACCGAGUGUUUAACAAGCUGGCUCCUCUGAACCAACAAAUCUAUUGUGCGCUGUCUGGCUCAGCUGCUGAUGCUCAGGCUAUUGCUGACAUGGCCACCUACCAGCUGGAGCUUCAUGGGAUGGAGCUAGAAGAACCACCCCUUGUUCUGUCUGCUGCAAAUGUGGUGAGGAAUAUCUCUUAUAAAUACCGGGAAGAGCUUUCAGCCCAUCUGAUGGUGGCUGGCUGGGAUCGAUACCUAGGAGGCCAGGUGUAUGGGACCUUAGAGGGGAUGCUGACUCGGCAGCCUUUUGCCAUAGGAGGCUCUGGGAGUACCUACAUUUAUGGCUAUGUGGAUGCAGCCUAUAAACCUGGAAUGUCCCCUGAAGAGUGCCGACAAUUCACUAUUGAUGCUAUUACUCUGGCCAUGGGCAGGGAUGGCUCCAGUGGAGGGGUCAUCUAUCUGGUCACUAUCACAGCUGCUGGCACCAAACAGGAAGUCAUCACGGGAAAGGAGCUACCCCAGUUCUACGAUGAGUGAGACAUUCUCACAUAUUACUCUAUUCUCUUUGUUUUGUAAUAAACUUCUUGUAUUAAGA